GUACGUACGCAUGCUGUUGUUUUGUUGGUUGUUUGAAUUGUGCGAGUAUUGUCCCUCAAAAUCAUAAAAAAAAAAAGUUACAGGAAGAUGCCACAAAAGUAUACAAGGAAGACUGAUCGUGCAUCAUGGUCACAUGAAAACAUGCAAAAGGCAAUUGAUGCCUGUAGGAAAGGUGAAAUGGGCAUUAGGAAAGCAUCUAAGGUUUUCAAUAUACCGAAGUCAACAAUAGCAAACAAAGUGAAACUACCAGCAGACAGUGACAUAUCUGUUCAAUUCGGAAGAAAACCAUGCCUGGGAAAGGAACAAGAGGCUAAGUUAGCAGAAUUGAUAAUUCAAAUGCAAGGACAUGGUUCUGGUUUAGCUAAGAAGGAUGUCAGGUCUUUGGCAUUUGAAUUUGCUGAACAAAAUCAACUUGUCCAUGACUUCAACCAAGAUACGAAGAUAGCUGGAAGGUUUUGGUUAGAGGGCUUUUUAAAGAGACAUCCAAAUAUUGUGCUGAAAAAGGCAAAAAAUCUGGCAAAGGCAAAACCAAAAGAAGUGGUUGCCAAAUACUUCAAACAACUUGGCAAGUUACUGGAUCAAGAAGGAAUGCAUCAGACACCAGAGAAAUUCUAUAAUGUCGAUGAAAUUCGCAUUUCAAUAACCAAUAGCCAAGGAAAAGGAAAACGUUCUGUUGUGGGUGCAGAGAAGGAUGAAAAUGUAGCUGUGGUUGGGUGCUGUAGUGCUACUGGACACUACAUCCCUCCAUAUGUCAUUAUGAAAGGGAAGUGCAUGCAAGAAGAGUACAAAGAUGGGCUGCCUCCAGGAUCAAAGUUAGUCAUGUCAGAUACCUCUUCCCGUAACAAUGACUUAUUUCUGGACUGGUUAAAGUAUUUUCGUAGACACUGCGUCCAAGGUAAAGUCCUGCUUUUAGAUGGCCAUGAAUCCCAUAUCAAAAGCACAGCAAUACUACAAUACUGCAUUGAUAAUGGGAUCAUUUUGGUUUCUGUACCAGGACAUACCACUAGGUACCUCCAGCCAUUAGAUCAAUCAGUUCGUAGAUCUUUAAAAAUAAACUUUCAAAAAAGUCACCAGUUUAUUCAAGCACACAAAUCCAAAAGCGAACAUUACUAAGUACCGUUUCAGCUCAUUGUUUGCUCGAGCAUGGGCAAAGACAGCAACACUUGACAAUGCAACCUCAGGUUUUUGUGCCUGUGGUGUGUACCCUUUCAAUCCAGAUGCGGUUCCAGAAGAAGCAUACUUUAUUACUGAGAUGACAGAAAGCGCAAACCCAUACCAACAGCAGGAGCAAGAACCAAUGGAUACCCAAAGUGAACAACCUGCAUUUCCUGCUGCACCAAUUGAAACUGAUACUACACUACCAGAUGCAGACAUAGCUAGCACAAGCAGAGGAGUGUCAUUUCAAUAUUUCGAACCACUGCCAAAAGUAAACAGGCAACAUAAAUCUAAACGCCAGAAAUGCAAGUAGCAAUGAGGUGAAAAUACUACUGCAGUGUAUAGGAAAUUGAAAAAUAAAAAAGAGAACAAGCAGAUGCAGGGGUUCCCUGAAGAUGCUGAUGAAGCUUGUAGAUAUGCCACUGUAUCACUGUCAAGGUUUAAUACAAUUCAUUCAUUCAUUCACUCACUUUAUUUCAGAUUAAUCCAUACAAAUUAUACAGUCAAAUAUGGUAAAACCUCAAAUAAGCUAAAUCUUGACAAGAAGCCCAUCUCAAAUAGAGGGAUUUGGCGGUGGGUGUCACAUGACCUAACUUGGGUGUUGGAUAUAAACGGUCGACUGGCACAGCGGUGUUUUACAUGGAGAUUGCUUUGGCGGUCAUCCCGUGUUAUUGCUGUAAAGAUCAUAAAUCCCAGUAAACUAUACCAAAUUGGUUGGAAAUUAAACUUAAGAAUUUUGCCUUAAUGGUUUGCUAAUUCUGUCCCCUGCACAUCUACGGCAUGGUUAGGUAUGCAUGAAGGUCUUUGACCCGCGAACUACACUGCGAUGUUAGGGCCAGCUAUGGGUUUAGGAAGGAUCACUUAAACUUCAAAGCAUACAAUCCAAGGAGAACACUAGGAUAAAUAAAUAAACACUAUUUUGAACAAUCGUAUUGCCUUUCUUAGCCAUUUACUUCUCACGUUAACAGUGGGUGGUUGUUUUCACAACCAUAACAUUAUCUUUUCCUAUGCCAUUGCACUGUAUUGUUUUUCAUGUAUACCCAAGUUAGGUCACGUGACCGCCUGUAAACAAUCAUCGCCAAAUCUCUCUAUUAAAGCCGAUGGAAUGGGCUCUUCUUUUUUCGAGAUAGUAAUUUACACACUGUACAUGAAUUUCAAAGAAACAAAAAAAGUAAAAACAUGCUUGGUUUAUACAGUAGUUUAGGUAAUUUAAUGCCAGUUACUACACACCAUGAUACUGAUUGAUGUUACAAUGGCCCUAAUUAUUGUUUUACACAGUUAAACUUACCUAAGUCGGCUUUGCUUAACUCAAAUAAUUUCUAAAUCAAUCUUAUUGUACAUGCCAAAUUGUGUAUUUUCCAUUAAUUAAUUAAUCAUCUGAGACAGUAAGUCGAACAGUUUUUCAAUGCCAUUUUGGAUUCGACUUAGGCAAGUUGUAGUAGUAAUUCCCAAAAUUUACUGCAUUCAUUUUGAAAGGAAGCCCCC